ACCUCUCCAAAUCUCUCUCCCCCUCACAGACAGUAUGACCAUUGUGGAAGCGAGGCCGGAGCAAAACCAUCAAGGGAUCCCAGUUCUGGGGUGGGAACCUGUCGCUCCCCAGCACAAAAGACUGGAAGGAAAGGUGGCGAUCGUGACGGGCGGCGCCCGCGGGAUCGGCGAAGCCACCGUCCGCCUCUUCGUCCGCCACGGAGCCAAGGUCGUCAUCGCCGACAUCGAGGACUCCCUCGGCGAGUCCCUGGCCGCCUCCCUCGCCCCCGCGGCGACGUUCGUCCACUGCGACGUCGGCUCCGAGCCCGACGUCGAGCGGCUCGUGGACCGCACCCUGGCGCGCCACGGCCGGCUCGACGUCCUAGUCAACAACGCCGGCGUGCUCGGCCGGCAGGCACGCGAGGCCAAGAGCAUCAUGGCGCUCGACGCCGACGAGCUCGACUGGGUGAUGCGCGUCAACGUGCGGGGCGCGGCGCUGGGGAUGAAGCACGCGGCCCGGGCGAUGGUCGCCGGGGGCCGGGCGGGGAGCAUCGUGUCGGUGGCGAGCGUGGCUGGGGUGAUGGGCGGGAUGGGCCCGCACGCGUAUACGGCAUCGAAGCACGCGCUGGUGGGGCUCACCAGGAACGCCGCGUGCGAGCUGGGCGCGCGCGGGAUCCGGGUCAACUGCGUCUCGCCGUUCGGGGUGGCCACCCACAUGCUGGUGGACGCAUGGCGGGACGGCGACGAGGGGGUGGAUCGCGGGACUCCGAGUGCGGAGGAGGUGGAGAAGAUGGAGGAGAUCGUGAGGGGGCUGGCGAAUCUCAGAGGGCCGACGCUGACGCCGAGGGACGUCGCCGAGGCGGCGCUGUACCUGGCCAGCGACGAGGCCAAGUAUGUCAGUGGGCACAACCUUGUGGUGGAUGGAGGUGUCACCACCUCAAGAAAUCUUAUUGGGUUGUAGUUAGGACGAAUGAUUCUUUUGAUGCAAAAACGUUUUUGAUGUAGCAAUGGAUUUGUUUCAAUAGAAGAAACUCUUAAUUCCAAC